GCCAGGCACAUAAGGACCUAUAUAGAUAAGAAAGUCAUAUAUAGAUAAAAUAUGAUCAACGGAAGUUUUUAUUUUAAUUCCGAUUUCAACAGAGGGGAGAUGGCUCUACAACUUUUGCUUGGAUCAUUAGUCUUAAUCAAUGUAUGUCUGCUGGUGAGCGUCAAAGCACGUGGCUGCUGUCCCAAUGGUUGGUUGGUGUACGAAGAUUCGUGUUAUCUGUUCGCAGACGAGAUCAAAGUGGAUUGGACGUCGGCCAUUCACUUUUGUGAGUCACACCUCCAUGCACACCUUGCAACGGUGGAGACCCGAGAUGAAGACAUGUUCCUGAAAGAGUUUGCUCGUAAAUUAUUCAAAGGUCACCUCGCUGGCGCUCAUGACGUUUUUGCCUCCUUCUGGCUUGGAGCCUCUGAUGACGAGGUGGAGAGUAAUUGGGUCUGGUACACCAACCACCAGAGGCUAAACUACACAAGUUUUGCCAACGUCGCUGAGAGCCAGAGCCCGGACCAAGAUUGCCUCAUUCUUUGGGGAGAUUACAACAUGGAAUGGGCUGAUGACUUCUGUGGAGCAAAUUCCCACCCUAUUUGUGAAAUUGAGAUCGAGAACUACAUGAGCUUUCUUGAGAAUGCAGGUCCCAUCGGCUAGAAUGCGCAUUUGUAUUGGUAUAAUGUCAGCGUUUAACUGAUUGAAAUAAAAGGAAUGUUUCUGUC